ACCCACAACAAUUUGAAUUUUUCUAAAUGGCAACCAAUCCGUAUGUUAAAUCUCUAAUCUGGUUAGUUUGCGCAGGCGGUGGUGGCUACGGACUAUUGCGACUUACCGCGCCGUCAGAAGAGAAACUGGAGCGGAUAAGAGCGACCGGUGGCCCAGCACAUUUAACCGAAGAGGAACGUAAAAAGCUACUGUUUAUGCAACGUAUGCGUGACGCUGCUACCGGACAGGCACCACCAAUUUACUUGCAGAAAAAAGAAAAGUAAUCCACAAACAUCAGUAAUUUGAAAGUGUUUCCCCCAAAGUAUUGAAAGCCAGUCUGAAAAAUUCGACAAAUAACAUGAACGCUGAUCUACAAAGCAGCAACACCACAUUGAGUGGCGGUGACCAUGCCGACAUCAAGAAGGAGACCAUAUUGGAACGCCUAAACAAGCGGAAUAAGGAACGACAGAAUUUUUUGGAUGUUAAAUUA